AAAGGUAGCCUUGUGUGCGCCUCCAGAAUAAAGAGGUGUCGGAACUACUACGAAAUUCUGGGGGUGGAGAGGGACGCCAGCGAGGAGGACCUGAAGAAAGCCUACCGCAAGCUGGCCCUGAAAUUCCACCCUGACAAGAACCGGGCUCCCGGGGCGACGGACGCCUUCAAAGCAAUAGGCAAUGCUUUUGCAGUUCUGAGCAACCCUGAAAAACGAUUGCGGUACGAUGAAUUCGGAAGUGACCAAGAGCAUGUCAGCACUGGCCAGGCCAGGCACUAUAAUUACUACACCGAAUUUGAAGCAGACAUUACACCAGAAGAAAUAUUCAAUGUGUUUUUUGGUGGGCACUUUCCUACAGGAAAUAUCCACAUGUUCUCAAAUGUAGCCAGAGAUGCACACUAUUAUCCACGGAGGCACCGAAAUGAAAGAGCGUGGACGCAGGAGCAAGAGGAGGAAGAGAACAGGCCACAGAAUUCAUAUUCUGCAUUUAUUCAGUUGAUGCCAGUUUUCAUAAUAAUAAUAGUGUCCGUUAUAACUCAACUGAUGGCCACAAACCCACCCUACAGCCUGUUCUACAAAUCGUCCAUAGGCCAUGUUAUUAGUAGAGAAACAGAGAACUUGCAGGUGCCUUACUACGUUGAUAAAAACUUUGAAAGGAAUUAUCAAGGAGCAGAACUUCAAGAGCUAGAGAAAACCGUUGAAAAAGAUUACAUAGACUAUAUUCAGACCAGCUGCUGGAAGGAGAAACAGCAAAAGUCUGAUUUGUCAAAUUUGGCCAAGCUAUACAGAGAUGAGCGGUUAAAACAGAAAGCAGAAUCACUGAAACUCGAGCACUGUGAGAAGCUCUCCAGUCUGAUUGGAAUGCACAAAGGGGGCUGACCAGGACACACGCGUUCUGUAGUUUUAUUUAUUGCUGGUUUAACUUAUGUUUUUAUUUUCCUUUGUAUAAAAAGGGAAGGAGUAUAUUGUAAAGAGUCUGAACAUUGGAUUCCUUCUGCAUAUGGUGCAGAGAUGGGCCAGCACAAGCUGUGGAGCUCGUGUUUGCUGUAAUAUACUGUACAGUAUAUUUGGUUCCGAGGACCAGUGGCACUUUGUAAAUUAAUUCCCUGGGAAACGCUGUUAGUUUGGAACCCGUCUUCGUUGGUAGUUUGUCUGCCAUCCAAGCAGUAUAUACUUCCCAGGAGAGCAGACAAAUGUCUUGGCUUUCUGUAUCUUACACGGACCCGCAGUUCACUCGAUCAAACGAGCAGCGUAGUUCUCGGUAUUAAGUGCGCUAGCCUUCUCAUACUGAUACCAAGCGGAUGUCCUUGCUUCCACAGUGCUUUGUAAUGAGAAUUUAGAUGGAAGGCGGCGUGUUUCCUCCUGUAAUACGUGAUGCUUAAUUCAGAAGAGUCAAGUACCCGCUCCAGGUGAGCACCUGAGCGCACCCUGGGCUCUCCCUGCCGUCAGAGGACGUAACCCCGUGCUUGUCUGACUGGGGGGCCGUGCCCAAGCUGUUCCUUGGUGAGACAACGCGCUGAGAUGCCCACAGCAGCAUCGAACAAGAAGAUGAGAGUCUGUGAAUUGCACCGGUUCCAACGUCUGCCGAACUGUAAAGAUAGGAUAACCGUAUUUAUUUUCUCAUACGUUCUCAGUGGCACAUUUUUAAUUCUGAUUUUUAUCUGCAGACUCUUCUCCAGCUGUUACGGGGGUCCUGCUUUUUCUGGUACAGUUUUGAUGUAGCGUAUUUUUACUGUUGAGCAUUUAUGAAUGUUUCACUGUAGAGAUUAGUAUCGCAAAGAAAAAGAUCCGUGUAGCAGUGUCCUGUUUUUUUCUUGAUCCUCCUGUAUGAAACCAGGCAUUUAGGGGCAGGUUGAGGGCGGGUUAUACCCGUCAGCAGCAGCGUUGCUCCUGUUGAGCAUGGUUAACCUCCUGAGCCAGUUUCUCUGGCAGGGUGCUGCGGGUGUGUACCACACAUGGGACGAACUGUUCUUACAGAGGACGGCUGUACUGCUGUACGGGCGCUGGAACUGCGGGCUUCUGCCCGCCCUCCCUGACGUGGGGGGGCUCAGCGUAGCCGCAGCGCUCGCCUCUCUGAUGCGGAGCUACAUGUCUUACUAAAACUGAACAGGUCUUUUGCCCCCAGUCCCAAAACUCGCAAUGAGUAGUGUGGGAUGCCGCAGGUGGCCUUGGCAUAAGCCUAGGGAGCAAAGUGCUCGAAAGCUGAGAAACGCCAGAAUUAAAAUUGCCUUUAAAGCUUAGACUUCAAGUCUCCACGUGCCUGGGCGUUGCGGUGCAGUGCUCUGCCCCUACGCUGAGGCUGUCCCCUUGGCAGCUGGUAACGAGAGUGGGGAACUGGGACUGUAGGUCCCAAAAAGUGUCCCCUUGGUGUCCCUGUCCCUUCCAUCACAGCGGUGGGAGGUUGGGCAGGCGGCAACACUGGGAGCUGCGGGAAGAGGAGGUGUUCUGGUGAUGUGCGCCCGUCUUGGUCCUGGGUUUUGAGGCUUGGUGCUUCUGCGGAUGAGACGUGUACGUCCCUGGUAUGAUUAGACCUUUGCAACUACAGCAGUAUCACUCUAUGAAAUGGUGGUGUGUUUAAAAAAAAUAUUGAAAAUCCCCAACAUGGUGACUCCUUAAAAUAGCAUUUUUCAUGUUAACGUUUGUUCUGCGUUGGGCAGCUUUGUAGGAGCACUUGGGGAAGUUGAGCAGAGUUUGUCAGCCAGCCGGGGUGGGAAGAACACUGGUAAAAAAAGGGAUGGAGAGGGCGUUGUGGUGGUAGACGUUUAGGAUAAGAGUCUGCAAGGGUAAAAAUGUUUGGUUUGAUUAUUCUAGAUUGGUAACAUGGCUGGCAGUAGGACUGGCAGCCUUAAU